ACGGCUGCUGCCACUGCUAUUAGACAUUUCACUGUCUCACUUCCCUGUUGCUCUAGAAGUACAAAGUCCCAGCUUCAUUCUGCGUGACAAUGAGAGAGUGACAGGAGCAGGGGACAUCCGGAAUCCUAGCACAGCAGGUGUAGCUGGAGGGCUCUGGGGAUCCGAGCCUCUCAGGUGUCGUGUUUGGACAAGAAUCUCAAUGCCCCAAUGGCCUUUCACUACAUCACCCAAGGGCGAUGCCACCUACCGUCUCUGCUGCUGACUGUUCUCCUUUGCCUUGGAGCACAUAGGAUUAUUGCUGUCACUGCCCCACCUGAGGUUUUAAAUUUGACAACAGCCAACGUCUCGGAGAACUCCUUCACGGUGUCUUGGGAGGCCCCUACUACUGGGAAUAUUACAGACUACAGAAUAAUUAUCAGUAAUGGAACGAUCUUAACAAAUAGGACGACUACGAGUAUGUCAUAUAGAGAAACUGGUUUGUCUCCUGGAAUCACCUAUAAUAUAACAAUAUACACAUUCAAUGAAAAUGGCACCAGCAGCGGUUUCCUCCACAAUGUAACAACAUUGCCCUCUCCUGUCGAGGACUUGAAUGUAACAGAUACAUCAGACAAUUCUGUGACCCUCGUGUGGGCGUUGUCAACUGACCCCAAUGCCGGUACAUACACCUAUACUGGGGAUGGUGGAGGAAGUAACAGAAAGACAGAUAUAAAGACAAACACCAUAGAGAUGACAGCGCUGCAGCCGGGAACAGAUUAUACCUUCACCGUCUAUGCAGUCACCUCAAACAGAAUAUAUAGUGAAAAAUCUAACAUCGUAAAUGCGACAACCCUGCCCUCUCCUGUCAAGAACUUGACUGUAAUUUCUAAGUCAGACAAUUCUGUGACCCUGAUGUGGACUCUCUCUCCUGAACCCAAUAACCAUUCAUACAUUUAUACUGUGGAUGGUGGAGGAGAAAACAAAAAGACAAAUAUUAAGACAAACACUGUAGUAAUGACAAAUCUACAGGCGGGAGUGAACUACAAUUUCACAGUCUUUGCAGUCACCUCGAAUGGAAGAUAUAGUAAAUCAUCUAAUGUUGUUAACGUAACAACACAACCAAGCAUAGUCCAAGGAGUGAAAGAAUCUGAUGUAUCAGAAACCACGGUGACUCUUCAGUGGGAUUUCUCCCAGGACAUUAAUAAUAAAACAUAUACUUACACUGUGGAUUGCCAAGGCUCACCUUCCUUCAGGAUUUCCUCUGUAAAGAACAACUCUGUAGCUGUAGAGAAUCUAAAGCCAGGAGAAGACUACAACCUCACAGUCUUUGCAGUUACUGAGAAUUUGAUUUACAGUCAAUCAUCCAAAAUCGUACCUGUAACAACAAUGCCCUCUCCUGCCGAGAACUUGACUGUAAUUUCUAAGUCAGACAAUUCUGUGACCCUGAUGUGGACUUUCUCUCCUGACCCCAAUAACCAUUCAUACACUUAUACUGUGGAUGGUGGAGGAGAAAACAAAAUGACAAAUAUUAAGACAAACACUGUAGUAAUGACAAAUCUACAGGCGGGAGUGAACUACAAUUUCACAGUCUUUGCAGUCACCUCGAAUGGAAGAUAUAGUAAAUCAUCUAAUGUUGUUAACGUAACAACACAACCAAGCAUAGUCCAAGGAGUGCAAGAAUCUGAUGUAUCAGAAACCACGGUGACUCUUCAGUGGGAUUUCUCCCAGGACAUUAAUAAUAAAACAUAUACUUACACUGUGGAUUGCCAAGGCUCACCUUCCUUCAGGAUUUCCUCUCUAAAGAACAACUCUGUAGCUGUAGAGAAUCUAAAGCCAGGAGAAGACUACAACCUCACUGUCUUUGCAGUUACUGAGAAUGGGAUUUACAGUCAAUCAUCCAAAACUGUAUCUGUAACAACAAUGCCCUCUCCUGUCGAGAACUUGACUGUAAUUUCUAAGUCAGACAAUUCUGUGACCCUCAUGUGGACUUUCUCUCCUGACCCCAAUAACCAUUCAUACACUUAUACUGUGGAUGGUGGAGGAGAAAACAAAAAGACAAAUAUUAAGACAAACACUGUAGUAAUGACAAAUCUACAGGCGGGAGUGAACUACAAUUUCACAGUCUUUGCAGUCACCUCAAAUGGAAGAUAUAGUAAAUCAUCUAAUGUUGCUAACGCAACAACACAACCAAGCAUAGUCCAAGGAGUGCAAGAAUCUGAGGUAUCAAAUACCACGGUGACUCUUCAGUGGGAUUUCUCCCAGGACAUUAAUAAUAAAACAUAUACUUACACUGUGGAUUGUCAAGGCUCACCUUCCUUCAGGAUUUCCUCUCUAAAGAACAACUCUGUAGCUGUAGAGAAUCUAAAGCCAGGAGAAGACUACAACCUCACUGUCUUUGCAGUUACUGAGAAUGGGAUUUACAGUCAAUCAUCCAAUACUGUAUCCUUAACAACAAUGCCCAACGCACCAGAAAAUCUUAAGUGGAGUGCAAUCGAUGUCUCCAAAAUAUAUGUUAACUGGUCAGCCCCAGCAGAUCCUAAUGAAGAGUAUUAUGACUACCAAGUGAUAUGGAUAGAUACAAUGACAUCAGGGAACCAUUCAGCUUAUACUAAUGACACCCAUCUUAACAUAAAGGACCUUCUGCCAGGACAUAGCUACAACAUCACCGUCACGUCUGUGAUCAAGAAAAUCCUAAGUGUUGAGGCUGUAAUCUACACAGUGACCAAGCCACUUUCUGCAGAAAAGGUAACUGUUAGCAGCAUAAACAACAACAGCGCCACAAUAAAGUGGACUCUCCCGAAUACUCCUGGGAGUAUUGUGUCAGGAUAUCGGGUCACUGUCUAUGUAGAUGGCAACAAUACAUCAGAGAAGUAUGUAACAGAAGAAGCGUGUGUUUUGGAUGGUUUGAUCCCUGGAACCAUCUACACCUUCAAAGUUGAAAGUUACGCAAAAUAUCCGAUUUCCGGAUCCGCCAAUCGUAUGGCUGAAGCAAAAGGGUUAAUUAUUUCAUACAGCACGCCAAGCACCAUCACUGAUGAAACAGUCCCUGACCAAGUCACUGACUUCAAGUGCUCUAAAUCGGAAGCAUACCAGAUAACAGUUUAUUUUGUUUGUCCGGCUGGGAAUUAUUCUGCAUUUAAGGUGUUGGUGGACAAUGGCGCCAUGAAAAAAGUUGACACCUGCCCAGAUGAUGUCAUAAUACCCAAUCUUCAACCUGCCGCCAGUUACAAAAUUAGGGUGAUGACUGUGGCAACAAAUACCACUGCUGUCACCCGUGAAAUAAUCUGCUCGACCGACAACAUAGGAGUUAUUGUGGGCUCAAUAUUUGGCAUCUUACUAUUCUUCCUCCUCAUUGCACUUAUAGUUUACUUUGUUCAGAAGAGGAGACGUCAAAAGGAGACCGGUGAAAACAUGACUACUGCUACUUUUAAUACAAGAAGAGUUCACACUAUUCCAAAAGACAAGUUCAAGCUGCAUUAUGAAACUAACCAUGCAGACAGUGAUUUCGGAUUUGCAGAAGAGUAUCAGGAGCUAAGCUCGGUUGGAACCACGCAGUCAAAAAGAGUAGCUGAGCUGCCGGAAAACAGAACUAAGAACCGUUUUAUCAAUGUUCUACCAUACGACCAUUCAAGAGUUAAAUUGUCUAUUAUGAAUGGAAUAUCCACUUCUGAUUACAUCAAUGCCAACUACAUGCCAGGUUAUAAUUCAACUAAAGAAUUUAUAGCCAGCCAAGGUCCAUUACCAAAUACUACUUCUGAUUUCUGGAGGAUGAUUUGGGAGCAUCAAGUCAACACAAUUGUAAUGCUGACCAACUGUAUGGAGAAUGGUCGGGUAAAAUGUGAACAUUACUGGCCUCUGGAUUAUACCCCAUGUACUUAUGGAGACAUAACAGUCACUGUUACAUCAGAAACCAUCUUAUCUGAAUGGACAAUAGGAGACUUCUCUAUUAAACAUGCUAAGGAACCAGGCAUAAAAUAUGUGCGCCACUUUCAUUUUACUGCAUGGCCUGACCACGGCGUGCCAGAUUCCACCUCAUCCAUUAUACAGUUCCGCAAUCUUGUUCGAGAGUACAUGGACGAGCGAAAGAGCAGUGGGCCAACAGUUGUACAUUGCAGUGCGGGAGUGGGCCGAACUGGAACCCUUAUUGCUUUGGAUUAUCUAAUGCAGCAGAUCGAGAAGGAACAAUGCAUAGGAAUAUAUAGCUUUGUAGAGAAGAUGAGAAUACAUCGUAACUUAAUGGUACAGACAGAGGAACAGUAUAUAUUCCUCAACAAAUGUAUGGUCGACUUGAUUCUUGAACCCAAUGAUGAACAUAUUUAUGAGAAUCACACGGGGCCUGAACUUGUCUAUGAGAACGUCAAUGCCAUUAGAGAUUUCCAAAGAGAAAAUGCUUAGCUGAGGGUUGGCUACCACUGGAGCUGGAAGACUCCUCACGGACAUGUAUAAGGACAUUCACAUCUUGUGUGCCUUUCUCCGGACAGUUUCUUCUGCUCUAUUGUGACGUACUUUGUGUAUUAAGCCUAUGCACUUGUCCAUAGUGAGAUCCUGAGCAUCUAUACGUGCUUAGGUCCUUUCAUUAUAUGGCUGCUGUACUUCACCCCCGGAAUAUGUUGACACAACCAUAGACUAUAGACUGACAAUGUUACGAGAGAUUCCUGACGUUUUCUAGUACUGGAAAAUGUGCCAUAAAAUGAAGACUGCUCAAACGCCUUUCGAACAGGAUAAAGGAAGAGUCUAUGAAGUAUACGGCACAAUCUUUUAUUGAUUUUUAUAUAUGUUUUUAAUUUAGAGGGGGAAAAAAUCACUUUCCUUCUCACAAUGUGUGAAAUCCACAGUCUGUCUCUUUGCUAGUUGCUGAUAGAAUUUGCAGGAACGAGUUGCUGUAACACUGGCCAACGUUGUAUACAUAUAUAUUUAGCUUUAAGCAGUUUGAAGAUCAAAAUGUAAAGAUCAAAAUGUAUUUGUGUAAUUCUUGAGAGAAAGCAAAUCCGUCGGCAGUUUCGUAAUUUGCACUUUUAUAUAUAAUAUCCUAAUGAAUUUUGUUCUUGAUUCAAGCAAUAACAUAAAAGCUCAUUUUUGGAGAGCUGAUUUUAAGAAAUGCUGUAAUUUAAUAAUUAAUAUGCAGAAUGUAUUUUUCUAUGAUGCACUGAAGAAAUAAUAAGCCUUACCAUUUCCCUAGUGCAGCUGUACAUUAUAUUUUUUGUAUUGAUUACAUUUUUUGCUGUCUUUUGUGCUAUAUCUCUUAUGGGUGUAAAGAGAGUCGGUCACCUACAUUUAGCAUAUAGAAGUGAGGGUACAUUCACAUGACCGUGGGACAGCUGUGCCUGUUUUGAGGACUGCAAACCGCGGAUCCGCAAAACAUGGGCAGGGGCCUUGUGAACCCCACAUCACAGUGCGGACCCAUUGACUUCAAUGGGUCUGCGAUCUGCAAGAUGCGCAAAAGAUAGGACAUGUUCUGUCUUUUGCAGUGCCGAGACACAGAUCCGGAAGUCCUUCCAUGUGUUUCCAGGUCCGUGUCUCCAUGCCAAAGAUAGUAGAUGUCCUAUCUUUGUUCGCAUCUUGCAGAUUAAAGUCAAAGGGUCUGCACAGCCAGGAGGGGUGCACAUAGCCGGUGCCCGUGUAUUGCGGACUGAGGUCCGUAACACGGCCACGGCUGUCCUGUGGUCAUGUGAAUGCUGCCUAAUGCUAAUGUACUGCAUCACAAAAUCAUUCAAAUCAUACUGUCCCCUUGGGACUAUUGAUUUCAUUUCAGGUUUCUAGAAAAAUAACUUUCAUGGAUAUGCAAAUGAGGAACCAUGUGCCCAGGCCUAAGUCGCCUCUUCUCUCUGUCCCAGUUCCUCUCUCUUGCACUUCCAAGUCCAUCCCUUCUGCUUGUGACAUCACUGAUCUCUUACCCUUCUGCCAGUGACUUCACACUGCACAUUACAGUACAUACUGACAUCUUUAGCGUGCCAGAUUUGGAUGCAGUAACUCGAUGAUGUCGCAGGCAGAAGGAAUGGGCUUGGGAGAGCAAGAGGGAGGAACUGGGACCAAGAGAAAAGCCAUGCUUGGGCUUGCUGAAAGAUUGAAAACGCCCAGCUGGGCAGUUGAUGCUUCAUUUGCGUAUCCGUCAAAGUUCUUUUUCUGGGGAUUGGAAAUAGCAAUAAAAGUACCAAAACUAUGGUGUGAAUGAUACUGCAGUGCGCAGCAGCACGUAGUUAUUAUAUAGGUGACAGACUCACCUGAAAGGAAAACAUGGCUGCCUUCUUCCAAAGCUUGUGCCACACCUGGCCUCAGGUCGUGUCUGCUGUUGCUUAGAUCUAUUCAUUUUAAUGGUGCUGAGCUACAAUAUCAGACACCUCCAUGGACAGGUGCGAUGGGCUUUCUGGAAUUAAUCAGCCACGUUCUGCUAAUCUUGGACAACCUCUUUAAGAUUUGCGUGCAAGUGAGUUGGUGUCUUGCAUAAUAAUACAGGCUAUACAUAUUCUUGCUAUCAUGAAAAGUUAUGCAACUUUGUAAUAAACUUUUUUUUAAUUUUUAUAAAUCUUUUAAAAUUUGACAUCCCUGCUUCAUGUCUGAAUAGAAACAUUAUUACCGUCUUCAAGAGAUGGAAAGCUUGUCCUGAUAAUGUGCUGCUGACAGAUGCAUGGCUCUUUCAAAAGACAGUUCAGUUCCCUGACAGUCAAUAUGGGCUCCCCGUUGAGCAGAUAAUAUAGUGGUGGGUUAAAACUAUAAAUGAACAUCAUCUUGACUCCACUGCUUGCAGGUUGCCUUCCAUCACACAGCUUCAGAAUAGAGUGGGAAGGCAGAUGCUGGUGUCACCAGCUAUGCCUGCCAUUUACUAGGCAUCAGCACAGUCUUAGGGCCCUUUUACAUGGGCUGAUGAUGGGCAAAUGAACGUUGAUUUCUGAUCAUUGUCACAUGUAAUCAUCCUGCCGAUAACCCAACCAACGUACAAUCCUCUUUGUUGAUUGUUCACAUCUUUUAUGCUCAUGUGUCAGCAGCAUAUCUACUCAUGUUAACAAAGGAAGGAAAUCUGAGCUCUAAUGACCUACUCACGCUCGAACUGGCCCACAGAGGAACAAGUGAAUCCCGGGUGGGCCCCUGUCAAAGGUAGGCACCCAGUCCCCCAGCACAGCAUCUCAUCCAGCCUAUACCCAUAUAGAAAACUGGGUAGAUUAUUUUAAAACCUAUAAGUCUAUUGUUAUAGAUGCAUCGGGUGGCUGAGAUGACUUCUAGAGGCAAGCCAGCCAGUAUCUUCUUCCCCUUCUCGAAGUCGCUGCAGGGACCACCAAAAUCCUGAGCUUCCUAUUGCUGCCUACAACUACGUAAGCAGGUUGUAUUUGCAUGUAGUGGUACACUGGCUCCCCAGAACGAAUUUUACUACUGGGCCCUAGGCAGGGGUGCACCUAGCCUUUCUGCUGCCUGAGGCGAAAACUGAAAUGGCGCCCACCCAAUGCCUAUUUCUUAACCUAACCCCUUUGCCACAAUGACAGUGCUCAUUGCCCAUGGCCCUUCCACUGCCCCCCUCUUGCCCCUACCUGGUGCUGCCUGAGGCGAUUGCAUCACCUGCGUUCAUUGGUGGUGCACCCCUGGCUCUAGUCCCCCAAGUCCUACUCUAGAUGUACCUGUGUGAGCAGCACAUUAUUGGGAUAGGUUUAGCCUCUGGAUGGAUACAAGAAUGUCUCUAUUCACUGACAUCAAGCACAGAUCUUAAAAACUGUAAGGAAUUGAAAUGCCAAUUAGAAAGCUCUGUUUUCAUGAUAUAAUGAAUAAACCUUUUCUAUAAAACUGGAAGUCUUGUUUAAAGGGGUUGUUCAGCCCGUCUCUCCCUCCCGAUCUGAAAUCAGACUUGGAGAGAUGCUGCUGUAUGCCGGGUGGGAGAGUUGCCUGUCAAGUAUUGUGCAUAUGUCCAAUUAAUUAGAAUAGAGCAUGUGCCUGAUACUUGGUGGGCAUCACAGUUAUCUGGCAUACAGCAGCGCCCCUUGAGAGGGUUUUUGACCACUCCUUUAAAGGGACAUGAUCAUCAGAAAGGGACAUAUCCUUUAACUAUAUAUUUUUAUUUUUGGCAGUAUAAUUAAUUUUUUCUUCUGUUUAUCAAUGUAAAGAAUAAAUAUGGAAUAUUGGGGCUAUUACAUGUGAUGACGUCGGGUGGCCAUACAGGCUACACUACAGACUGAUCCAGAAAAUAACAUCUCGUUUUACAGCCUACAGUGAAAUGACAUUUCCAUUCAUCAUCUCAAGAAGGCAGCAGAAUUAUAACAGAAUUAUCAGACUAUCAUACUUCAUAGGAUACAUCUCACAAGGAACAGUGUAGAUGGCAGAAACAACAGAGUAUAGGGUCACGUUUUCCUGGAGACUGAUGAUAUUACUCCCAUACUUGCCAACAUUUCCAAUUUUACUAGGACAAUCAAGGGAACCAGCCCACAAAAGGGAUGGGGCAUAAUACAAGCCCCACCUCCCAAUGGGCAGCUGUGUGUGUUCCAGGCAGUUGUGCUGUGCAUUUCUAGGCAGUGCGAGGGCUGGGGCUUAAAUUCCCAAAUUUUUGUUUUAACAUGUUCCUACCAUCUCAAGUUCUGGACUACAUUGACUUAACUGUAAAGCGUUGCACUCCAGGAAAAAAUGGUGGACAACCAUAAAUUAAAGGGAAUCUGUCACCACAAUCUUGGAAUAUUAUCUGCACUGAUACAUGAGUAAUGCUGUCCAUAAGGAGUCCAAAUCACAAUUUAAUUAUUUUCCUACUGCCCACAUUCCUGUCUGUUAAUGCUCAAAGCUGCACUGAAAUGCAUUGUCAGGACUGCUGUGCAUAUGCGCACAGUAGAUCCCCUAUUAUGUUAGCGCAGCAGUCCAAUGCUGACAGUGGGGAAAAAUUCACUGUAAGUCUAGCAUAUAGAUGUUCUCUCUGUGUAGUAUGUCUCCAUUGUAUAGAGCAGAUCUCCAAAUUUAAAGAGUACCUCAAACAUAAUUUCAUUUAUAGGUCCAACAUUCUGUACUCAUUCCUUUAUGUAUCAUAUCUUCAUAGAAUAAGAGAUUAAUUUUUUGAAACCGAAUUCCCAAUCUUCUGCUUCCUUCACACUGCCAUUUAGUAUAGAUAAUAAAAUUCAGGCUGACUGCAGUCACCACUAGGGGGAGCAUAAUGUAUAUUUUUUUCAAGUUAGAAAAUUUGGGACUUAACUCGAUGUUUAGUCUAAUCUUUUGAAGUCAUAUCAACGCAUUGGAUGGAUUAUGCUUCAGGUAACUGAAUUCAGCCAUAUUUUUCAUAGAUUCAGGAAAAAUUUAGUAUUAAAUGCAGGUCAUUCAAAUGGACUGGAGCUAGAAUCUUUCUUCUUGGGAUCUGUUCUAGGGCUCAGACAGGAGAGUCCUAUGGAGAAACCCUUCUACGAUGUCCAUAUUAUAAAUUAUGUGGCUUUGUUUAUCUAAGCAAUCAAAUUGCUGAUCGGUAACAGCCAAGUGUUUCAUUAUUAGUCUAGAAAAAACUUUUUUUUCCUGUUGUAAACACGAAUGAAUCCAGUGCGUUAAAGACUAUGGACCGCAAAGCGUUCAUGUAAUAUAUAGUAUAUUGUUAUUUCUCUUAUUUAUACUACUGUCAUUCCAUGAAAGAACACUCCAGGUAAAGCAUAUACUGUAUGUGGUGUUAUGCCUUGUACAUGAUCUAUAGAACACCAAAGAGAGAGUCCCUGUGUCAUGCUCCACCUCCUCAGGCUCUGAACCAGACAUAAUACAGCAUACAAGCUUUGCCUGGAGUAUGAAAUCUCGAUCUGAUCUGUGUCAUGUAAAAUUAUUAUGUUUUAACUGUGCAAUUUAUUUAAUUAAAUACAAAUUUGUAACAUAUCUGUAUAUUUUUUGUAUGUCAAAAACAUCUUUAAUUUCAAAUUCUGUUCAAUGAACAAGUCUCAUGUUUUGAAAAAUAUUCACCACUGUUGGUGCCACAGACAUUUUUGCAGGUACCCCUGAACUGUGUUUGUAGGUUGAAGAUAUAAAUAAAUCUAUGUAGGAUAAACUGUUGUCUUCAUUCUGCCACCACAGUUGGGUGUACAAUGGUAUUUUUGUA